AUGCCUCUACGCUGCCCGGCUCUCAUCUGCAUUGUCAGUCAGAGGUUGUUGUUGUGGACGACGUUCACAUAUCCUACCUUGGAAUGUAAUGCACCCAUAGCACUUGAAGCGAUGAACUUUGGUGAUGGGGCUGGCUGUCUGCAAUUCCAAUUCGAUUUUUGGCGUUCCGGGGAUUGCUGUCACGAGGAAGUCUUCUCAGUUCCUGCACUUUGUGCCACUGGAUUUCUACACAUUCCUAUCCAUGCACCCCAUCGAUUCACUUCGUUCUGGGUCAUCGCUACGUGGCAGCACAUACUGCUGCUUGUUGACAGUUGUCUCCUUUGCAUCCCUCCACCCCACAGUUCAAACUCGAGUUCCGGCGAUCGCCCUCAUGCCGCUAGCUUUCUAUACAUCCCUACCCAUGCACUUGGCCAUCGCUACGUGGCAGCACAUGGUGCUGCCUGUCGUUUUCUUUGUCACUCCACCCCAUGGCUCAACUUCGAUUUUUUGCGUUCCGGCAAUCGCCCUCCUGCUACCUACCUUCCUAAACAUUCCAUGGCUACGUGGCAGCACGUAGUGUUGCUUGUCCUUUUCUUCGCGUCACUCCAACCCCAUGGUUCAAAACUUGAUUUUUCGACUUCCGGCGAUCACCCUCACACUGCUCGAUUUCUGUCAUUGUUCGAUUUUUCGUCACCGCAGCUGUGUUGUGCAGCACAUAUUCGAUUUUUAAACAUCCCCCCACCACUCUCACACUGCCAUUGUCUUCCAGCUUAUCAUUUUGUUUGUGUCGCUUCCACCGCAUGGUUCAAACUCGAUUUUUCGAGUUCCAGUGAUUACCCUCAUGCCCCUCGACACAUACACAUCCCUACCCCAUACACCCAAUCAAUUGCCUUCAUUCUUUCCCUCUCGUACAUGCGCCCGGUCACCCCCUUCUGUUUUCUGCACGUGGCUUUGUGGCGCGGCGCAUAUUCGAUUUUUAAACCUCCGGCAAUUGCUCUCACAGUGCCAUCAUCUUCCCUGUAUAGAGCUUUCUCUUUCCUUUAUUCUUUGACUCAUUUUAACUUCGCUUUUGUGCAGAAUGACUACAAGGCAGCAUGUAAUGCUGUCAUCAUCACAAACAAUGGGCAUCUGGAUAGAUGCUUUGGGCGCGUGAACGCGCCUUUUCACUGUGGGAAGCUUCAAUGUAAUCUACGUGACUUUAUGCUAUCUGUCCAAAACUGA